AUGUCCAACAGCAGCRCCUUCAAAGAGUUCCUGCUCCUGGCAUUCACAGACAGGCGGGAGCUGCAGCUCCUCCACUUCUCCCUCUUCUUGGGCAUCUACCUGGCUGCCCUCGUGGGCAACGGCCUCAUCAUCACAGCCAUAGCCUGCGACCACCGCCUCCACACCCCCAUGUACUUCUUCCUUCUCAACCUCUCUGUCCUUGACCUGGCGUCCAUUUCCACCACUGUCCCCAAAUCCAUGGCCAACUCCCUCUGGGACACYAGGACCAUUUCCUUUUUGGCAUGUGCUGCCCAGGUCUUCCUGUUUGUCUUCUUUGUAGGAGGGGAGUUUUAUCUCCUCACAGUCAUGGCGUAUGACCGCUUUGUGGCCAUCUGCAGACCCCUGCACUAUGGGAGCCUCCUGGGCAGCAGAGCUUGUGUCCAAAUGGCAGGAGCUGCCUGGGCCAGUGGGUUUCUCUUCGCUCUUCUGCAGACUGGGAAUACAUUUUCCAUUCCUCUCUGCCAAGGCAAUGAGGUGGAUCAGUUCUUCUGUGAGAUCCCCCAGAUCCUCAAGCUCUCCUGCUCACACUCCUACCUCAGGGAGCUCAGGGUUACUGUAGCUGCUGCCUUUACACUCUUUGGUUGUUUCCUUUUCAUUGUGGUGUCCUACGUGCAGAUCUUCAGAGCUGUUCUGAGAAUCCCCUCUGAGCAGGGUCGGCACAAAGCCUUUUCCAUGUGCCUCCCGCACCUGGCUGUGGUCUCCCUUUUUAUCAUCACUAUAUUUUUUGCCUACCUGAAGCCCCCCUCCAUCUCCUCCCCUGUCCUGGAUAUGGUGAUGACUGUUCUGUAUUCGGUGGUGCCUCCAGCACUGAACCCCCUCAUCUAUAGCCUGAGGAAUGAGGAGCUCAAGAAUGCCCUCAGGAAACUCAUCCAAUUUGUCUAA